UGAUCCACCGUAUGUUGGCUUUACUUUUAAAUCUUAGUCCACCAAACGAUUGGAAACCUUAUGUUUGGUGCUCUUCCAAAUUCCCAUGAACAACCAAAAUAAGGAAAAAGGUGUUUUCCAAAAUUUCCUACUACGAAAUAAUUAGUGCUGUUGGUCCUCCCUUGCCUUUAUUCAUAAGACAACAACUAGAGCAUAGAGAAUUUUUUAUGAUCUGAUAUAUCACUUUGGAAUUAUGUUUGAAACUGAUAUGUAGCAGGUAACUGGAAUGAGUUACAUGAUAAAUGAAAGACUUGAUUAAUAUCAUUGAGAAGGUAGCAAGAGUCUAGAGAAAGUUCCUGAUGUUCUCUAAGUCCUUUUGCAAGAAAAGGCAUAUCAUCAAAUGUCAUGAACAAGGGACCAGUUUAAUGAAGCUAAAUGGUGAAAUCUUGAUAUACGAACAAUCGUGAUGUUUGAAAUUUAUGCUGCUUCAUUCUCAUUUUCUAUUUGAUCUGAAAUACCGUGGACACGUUAAAAGAUGUAUUCUACCUGAAUUUUAGCUCCAGAAUAACAAUUUGCUAUCAUUUUCUUUGCAUGUAGAUCAAUCCUGAGGCCAAAAGCUUUUGUGGUAGAGUAUUUGAAAACUAUGAUCAGUUUUGCAUUUCCUUUAGAUAUUACAAUAUGGAGGUGUUGGAUUUCCCUGUUGUCGUAAACGAUGGAAAAACUGGAUGUGAAGGGAACUCUUUGGGGUGGACUAGUGAAAUGGACCAUUGCCUCAGAAGAGUUCUCAAGCAGCAUGUGAUUCCUGGGAACAAAGGCAUGUUAGAUAAUAAACUCAAUCCCGUUGUAUAUGAUGCAGCUAUAUUGAAUUUAAGAGAAAUGUUUGCUCUUGAAUUGACCAAAGAUCAAGUUGAGGAUCGUUUUAAAUCAUGGAAAAGAGAGUAUGGUUUGCUAAGGGACCUGUUAGACCAAGGUGACUUUGAAUGGGAUGACCAGCAAAAGAUGUUAGUUGCAAAGGACUCAGUAUGGGAUGUCUCUAUUGAGGAACACCCUGAUGUGCGGGAAUUCCAAGCCAAGUCAAUUGAGAAUUACAAAUUAUGAGCUGUGUAUGAUUUUUGAUAACAAGGAGAAAACUGAAGGAUGGUCAAUAGUUGAAAAACACGAUAAGGACUAUACUUUGAACAACCACAACCAUACAGAAUCCCAAGUAGGGAUAUCAGAUGAUGAUGCAGGGGGAGGUAAUGGUUCCAGUGGUUCUGAUAGCACGGAGGCUUCAUCUCAACAAACAGGAACUAGACCAUCCUCCUCUUCACAUUCACGAAAGUCUUUAAAGAGAAGAUGCAGCGAUGAUCUCAUUGUGCAAAUAGUGAGUGUCAUGGCUGCUAACGUUGCUCGAAUAGCUGAUGCAUUGUCAGACAGGCCAACUUGCUUAGACCAAGUGUUUGAUGUUGUUCAAACCAUGCCUGGGUUGGACGAGGAUCUGAUCCUCGACGCAUGUGAGUUUCUCUCUUUUGAUGAAAAAAGGGCUGUGAUGUUUAUGAACUUGGAUGAGAGGUUGAGAAAAAAGUGGCUACUAAAAAAGUUGCGCAGUUAAGCUUGCAUUGCAUGUAAGAUUAUAGUGUUUCUUGUUGAUAUUUAUACCGAUUUUUCUUAAAAUCAUUGGCUAGGUGAAGGAAUUAUCAUUAUUAUUUUUCGCCCUCUUCUUUCUAAUAUGUACUUUCUUACUACAUUUAUUGUACAGAUAGACUGGCUUGGCUGCAGACCGGUCAUUUGAUUGGAUAUAUGAGAGUUGAAAUUGAGAUUGCUUACAGGUUGUUUUCUCACUUGGUCCAUGCUUCCAUAAGUUGGAGAGGGAUCUUUUUGGGAGGGGGGUUUGUCACAUUAUUUGAUAUAGGAAAGAGAGAGUCUUGGAUCAUGCCCUUGGGAGUUGUUAUUUUGCUCAAUCAUUUCUUGGAGCUACUUUGUUAGAUGUUGCUAGAGGCAAGGAGUAUAGGACGAUAAUGAAGGAGUUGCUUCUGUAUCAGUGGUUGAGGGAGAUUUUUGUGACAAGUAGUGCACGUACAAUUUGUAGGGUCUGGAAGGGUGGUUGAAAGAACUCUAUAUCAGUAGAGGAGUGGAGAGGGGGACGGACCCUUGUGAUAUUUGGUUUCUUCUUGUGCUUCAUUUUUAGUGUCGGUGAUGAAACUUUUUGUUAUUAUUUGUUAGCUCUCAUUAUAACU